AUGGUAGAGGUAAAACACUCUGUAGCAGAAGAAGCUCUUCAAAGGCUCGGUAAGGAAAGAAAAGCCUAUGAAAAUGAACUAGCCACUCUAAAACGAAAGCUUGAUGCAAUGAGUGAAACCACGGACAAAUAUGAAAGAAGGCUUAUUGAAGACCAAAUAAAAGAGACACUCAAGGUUCUGGAGAUGGUUGAUAAACAGGUUUUAAAGUUUUCGUACUCCCAGGGAGAGAAAUAA